AUGUCAGGAUCAUCAACCCCUUUUGUAGAAUCAAGUGGUUCAAAACUUCUAUCCAACAGAUCUUCUCUUAAAUCUACCAAAAAUUGUUCCUCUUCAAGUAGUUCAUGGCGUAAACGUAAAAACAAUGGACACAUUCCUCGUCCUAAGAAUUGUUUCAUGGCUUAUCGUGAACAAAUUCAACAUAAAGUUCUUGAAGAAAAUCCUGGAAUGAAUAAUAAACUUGUUUCAGUGAUUGCAGCAAAAAUGUGGAAUGAAGAAUCAGAAGAAGUUAAACAAUUUUGGCGAGAACAUUCAAAAAUUUUAACUCAUGACAACAAUACUACCAAUAUUACAUCUGCUUUUGGUAAUCGUACUCCUCCAUCUCUUCUUUGGAAUCAUUAUCGUUCUUCUUCUGCUGAUUCAAUUGGUUCAUGGACAAGUGAUUCUUCUGCUCCUUCAACUCCCCCUUACAUUGAAUCAAAUUCACCUCCUCUUCUUUCAACCAAUACUUGUCCUUCAUUUAAAACUUCCAAUUAUCAUCAUCCUCUUCCUCAUAAUUAUUAUCAUAACUCUCGUGAUUUUCUUGAACAUGAAGAAUGGAUUUCAUCUUAUGAAGGUGAUCUCUUUAAUACUUUACUUCCUGCAAUGGAAUUCGAUCAAAGUAUGCAAAUUGAUAAUUCAACUCAUACCGCCACCACCGAUAUAAUUAGACGUUAUUAUUUACCAAAAGAUACUAAAAAUCAAAUUCCUUAUGUUUUGGAUCCUCAUACCGUGGCACUAAAAUCAUAA